GGCAACUCCUACAUUUCCUACAGUAUUUGAACGCAGCAUGAGGAGAAGCGAAAAACGAAAGUGUGUUUUAACUUCGAGAGCAGAUCCGUCAGCAAAGACAUCAGAGCUGCACCACCAGCACAACGGAAAAGUCGUCACAACUUCGAAAUAAAUUAUAUGUCUCUUAUCGAUAACUGAUAAAGAGAAGCGAUGCCUCACAAACACAAGUCUCAGUCCUGGAUGCAGCUGAAGCAAGCUGGAAACGAUUAUUUCAAGGCGGGUCAGUACAGCGAGGCCACCGCUCUCUACAGCCAGGCCAUCAAAGAGCUGGAAAAGUCCGGUAAAAAGAACACAGAUGAUUUGGGGAUUUUGCACUCAAACCGUGCAGCCAGCUAUCUGAAGGAAGGCAACUGUGCUGAAUGUGUGAAAGACUGCACCACGUCUCUGGAGUUGGUCCCCUUCAAUGUGAAGUCUUUGCUGCGGCGCGCAGCUGCCUUCGAAGCUCUGGAGCGCUACAGGCAGGCUUACGUUGACUAUAAGACCGCCCUGCUGGUUAACUGCAGCAUAGCAGCUGCACAUGACGGCACUAACAGGAUGACUAAGGCGUUAACAGAAGCAGAUGGCCCGUUGUGGAGAGAGAAGCUUCCUCCUCUUCCAGUUGUGCCGCUGACUGUCCGAGAGAAACUGGUCCAGCAGGCAAACGCUGCACCACAGCAGAACGGCAUCGGGACAACAAACAAACCAGCAGCUCCCACUGACAAAGACAAAAAAAAAGCUCAGACCCUGAAAGAAGACGGCAAUGCCCUGGUGAAGAAAGGAGAAUAUAAGAAAGCUGUCGAGAAGUACAGCCAGAGCCUGAAACAUAACCCUGCUGAGGUCACGACCUACACCAACCGGGCGCUGUGUUUCCUGUCACUGAAGCAGUACAGUGAUGCUCUUAAAGACUGCAACGAGGCUCUGAUGAUGGACAGCCGCAGCGUGAAGGCACUCUACAGGAGGGCGCAGGCUCACAAGGAGCUCAAGAAUAUUACCGGCUGUGUGGAGGACCUGAACUCGCUGCUGAAAGUGGAGCCAAACAACACGGCGGCACUGAAGCUGCUGCACAGCGUCCAGAAGAAGUGAAGGUUCCCGCCAGCGAGUCAGAGUCUGACGCUGCAGCGAGACACAGAGUCCAACUGCCUCUGGUUCUUAUGGACCCGAGACGACGGGUUUGGGGUUUGGUCGGUUUAGACUGUAAAACAGCGCAGGUUGCUGAGAAUCGGCGGCAUUUCUGAAUGUGCGUCUGAUUCUUGCACCUUCACUUUCACUUCGUAUUUGAUUAUUUAUAAGGUUAUUGAAACAUAUUCUUAUGAAGAAUAAAGUUUUACCUUCAUGGUUUGUUGGCCGGGGCUGCUUGCUUUCAGAAUCGGUUAAUAGUUAAGAA